AGGCUAGGAUUGGCCGAGUCAGUGGCAGGGUGGGGAACAGUCAGGACAGACGAAGCAUUUACCUGUCUAGGUAAGUCAGGAGGAGGUCAAAAGGAGAAGAAAACAGUAAGAGGCAACGAAGCAGCCUCUGUCUCUGCCCUUUGAUAUAAAAGGGUAUUUCUUUUCCUCUCUUCAGCCCCCAACCCAGUGGAGGCCCGGCUUGGGACAUUGUUCACUUCCCCUCACUUCCCCUCUGGGAGCCCCCUUUGCCAUCCCUGAGCCUUGUUUCAGGCGAUGCCCGAGAGGGAGCUGUGGCCAGCGGGGACUGGCUCAGAACCCGUGACCCGUGUCGGCAGCUGUGACAGCAUGAUGAGCAGCACCUCCACCCGCUCUGGAUCUAGUGAUAGCAGCUACGACUACCUGUCCGCUGAAGAGAAGGAGUGUCUGCUCUUCCUGGAGGAGACCAUUGGCUCACUGGACACAGAGGCUGACAGCGGACUGUCCACUGAUGAGUCUGAGCCAGCCACAACUCCCAGAGGUUUCCAAGCACUGCCCAUAACCCAGCCCGCUCCCCAGGGAGGUCCAGAGGAGAUCAUCACCCAGCAAGGACCAGAGGCAAAGACAGUGACAGAGCCCAGCUCAUCCCAUCCUCCCGAGCCCCAGGGCCUGGGCCUCAGAUCUGGCUCCUAUAGCCUCCCCAGGAAUAUCCACAUUGCCAGGAGCCAGAACUUCAGGAAAAGCACCACCCAGGCUAUCAGGCACACCCCUGGAGAACCCGUGAGGCUUGUGCCAGGGCCUGAGAAAGAGCAAGUCAGCCGGAGCAGCGAACCCAGCCAGGCACCUGCCAGCCCCCGGGAGGCUACCCUUGACUUGGACGUGGUGCUCAUUCCCCCACCAGAAGCUUUCCGGGACACCCAGCCAGAGCAGUAUAGGGAAGCCAGCCUGCCCGAGGGGCCAGGACAGCAGGGCCACGCACCCCAGCUCCACACACCAUCCUGCUUCCAGGAGAGAGAGCAGACUGCUUCAAAGGCCAUGUCCCAAAAAGCCAAGGAAACAGGCUCAACCGGGUGCACACAACAACCCCGGCCUCCUCCUGCAGUAUUGCCUCAGAAUGUAAAAGCUGAAGAUGCUCUCCUCCCAUCAGGGGAGGACCCGAACACCCGACUGGCUCCCCUCACAGCCCCUAAGCCCCGGAAGCUGCCACCUAAUAUUGUUCUGAAGAGCAGCCGAAGCAGCUUCCACAGUGAUCCCCAGCACUGGCUGUCCCGCCACACUGAGGCUGCCCCUGGAGAUUCUGGCCUGGCCCCCUCUUCACUGCAAGAGCAGAGGAAAGCACGUAGAGAAGCCCUGGAGAAGCUGGGGCUUCCCCAGGACCAAGAUGAGCCUGGACUCCACUUAAGUAAGCCCACCAGCUCCAUUAGACUCAAGGAGACACGUGCCCAGCGUCCGUCCCCAGCCCCAGCUCAGGCCUCAGCAGCUAGCCCUGCUGCAGGGAAGCCUCUGGCUCGAGCUCUGGCUCCAGCUCCAGCUCAGGGACCUUUGCCAAUGAAGUCUCCAGCUCCAGGCAAUGUCGCAGCUACCAAAUCCGUGCCAAUUCCUAUCCCUAAGGCUCCAAGGGCAAAUAGUCCCCCGACUCCACCGAAGCCUGACUCAGGCCUGACUCUCCAGGAGAGCAACAUCCCUGGCCUGAGACAGAUGAACUUCAAGUCCAACACUCUGGAGCGCUCAGGCGUGGGGCUGAGCAGCUACCUCUCAGCUGAGAAAGACGCCAGCCCCAAAACCAGCACUUCUCUGGGAAAGGGCUCCGUCUUGGACAAGAUCUCGCCCAGCAUCUUGCGUAAUUCUCGGCCCCGCCCGGCCUCCUUGGGCACAGGAAAAGACUUUGUAGGUAUCCAGGUAGGCAAGCUGGCUGACCUGGAGCAGGAGCAGAGCUCCAAGCACCUGUCCUACCAAGGACAGAGCAGUGACAAGCUGCCUCGGCCCCCCUGUGUCAGUGUCAAGAUCUCCCCAAAGGGUGUCCCCAAUGAACACAGAAGGGAGGCCCUGAAGAAGCUGGGACUGUUGAAGGAGUAGACUCUGCCACCAGCACUGCCAGCACUGCCCCCGACUUGGCUGAACAAGAAGAGAUGCAGGCUCCACAUGGGAGCCUUUGCCAUCGCAUAACUCAAGGCUUGGGCUGGGGAAGGGUUCUCUCAGAUGCUCUCUGCUGGAGAUGAACGGGAGGGAGAGAUUUGAAUCGAAGCAUACGUUUAUAUUCAGAGUGUUGUGCCAUUGAGUGCCCACUUGGAUCAUUCUGAAGGUGAUCUUCACAACAGGGUGUGUGUGUGGCGGGGGCGGGAGGGUGGGGCGGGAUACAUCACUGAAGCUAUUUAUGUAACACAAUGAGUCAUUGUUCAGAAUUUUGCUCUUGUUAGAGGUUUUCUUACACUGGGUUAGAUUCAAGCCUAGCCAGAGCUGAGUGGAGGGGAUGGCCAUGCCUGAGAAGAAAAGUCAGAUGAGACAAUGGACAUGUCAGUGACUUGAACAGUAGUUACAGCCAGCAAAUGCAGGCUCACAUGAAAUGCGGGCCUCCUGGAAUCCCUACAGUGGAUGGAGACUGGCUCAUACCUUGCCAGAUCUCUCUCUCUCAGUUCCAGCCUUCUGGACAAGGCCUAGGCUAAGAGGAGCUGGUUCAUUAUCUCUUCACCCACUGCCUUCUCAGUAUCACCAGUCCCAAAGACAGGACACAUCCCUGUAACCCAAGCUCUGGGUUGACUGACAGCAGAACAGCUCUCAGUUGGUCUGAGAAGGCAGGAUAAGUGACCACAUACUCAUGCCACUACCUCCAGCAGGGAGAGUCCUUCUCCACAGGCUUGAUAAGCUCGGUUACAAACUAUGCUGUGGUCCCCAACUCUGCUGCUCCUGUUCUUCCUGCUUUCCUGCUCCCUAUCUCAGCCUGCACAGACCCCAGGGCUAGGCCGACAUUGAGAUGGGAGCCCAGCCCACGGGCUUUAUAAACGCCCAAGAACUGUUUCAUAUCUUCUCUGUGUUGAUGCAGGUAGUUUUAAAUUUUUCUCGGUUCCAAUGAUGGAAAAGCUACACCAUACUUCCUCUGCCAGUCUUAGCAGAAUAUCAGAGGUAAGAGGCGCCUCAGAGAAGCUCCAACCCAGUGCUGCUGGGGAAGGGAAAUGACUCACCCCGGGUCAGCCUGCCAUUUAGGGAAAGAGCUGAGGUUCUUACCCUCAUUGCCUGCUGCCACCUCUCCUUAGCCAGUGCUGUUGUACAUCCACACAGCACCCUAAGAACUCAUAGUCACUAUCAAAGACUCACCCUAAGGUCCUUCGAGAUCUCAAAGUGUCUUCUGAAGCAUCAGAGAUUAAAUAUUGUUCAGAAUAUUAGUUACUGCUGUGACUUUUAAUUUACUCUUUGGAAGAUACCUAUAUGGUAAUUCAUCAUUAACCAGAACACCUAUCCCCUCAAAUUCCCUGACCAAGUUGUGCAGCUUGAGCAAAUGUCAAAAGAGGGUAUUAUAGGUGGGUGGUGUGGGCUUGCAAAUACAAGCUUGGAAGUUAGACAUGGCUAGACAUGACUCCUGCUUCCCCUUAGGAAGUAAAUCUUACUCAUGGCUGUGACCUGCUUGGAGUCCAGGAUGCCCAGAUGUAAGGGGCAGAUAAAGGAAAUGCUGUUGGAAAGGUGCCUUUUAAGGCUUCUGAGAAUUUCUGGGCUGUGUUCUGAUGGACACAGCACCUUAAAAGCCUAGAAUUUCUGAAAAUAAUGACAAGGUUAAGGUAAGGACAACAAAUACUCCACCCUGUCAUGGUAUGUGGGGUGUGGGUGUGGUGGUUUCUAUGUACAUUUGCUCACACAAGCACACCCAAAAGCCUGUGCCUCAUUCCUGGCCAUGGGUGAGGACCCAGUCUGCUGUGGCUCAUAGGGACUCCCACAACUGGCCAAGUUAUGUCUUAUUACAGACCCCUGGAAAGAGAGAAAGUUGCCUUCUGGAGGACUGAUUCCACAUGCUGUAUUCAGCUGAGCUGAUUUCUGCCUUCUGGAGGACUGAUUCUGCAUGCUGUAUUCAGCUGAGCUGAUUUCUGUGUCUAUUUCAAGCCAUAACCUGGGAAAUGAUCACCUUAUUCCAUAUUCAUGAAUUGCCUUGAUUAAUAGGGAAACUUGGGAAUAGCAAUAAAGUCAAACUUGGGUGGAAUCUGGACCCCAGCAUCACACAAGGGUGAUUAGGAUGGUCAAGGUCAUCAGGAGUACAGCCUGUUAAAUUCUCACACCCUGGGAAAAGUCAUUUGUCUCCCAGACACGACAAAGUCACAGACAGCUUGCACCUGCCACUCAGCAUCCUUAUCCUAGUGAUAUGUCCAUUUCCCAGUUUUCCUAAUCUAAGACUCCUUUCCCUUGCUAUUUAAAGAUACUGUGCUUCUCCACAUUCUCAUCCUUCAAAGAGCAUAUUUUGCUCUAAGGAUGGUCUUUGGGAUUCAAGAAUAGAAUAAUAAAUCCAAACUUGGUCGUUCUCAUUUUGAAGACAGACAAGAGGAUCCAGUGAGGACAUUCACCUUACUGAAAGUGGUGCUAAAUCCAGCUGAAGUUGUAUCUAUCCUCCUGUAGCCAUGUAGGGUUGCUCUUCAUUCAGCUUGAAUUGAUAUGGAGGGAGGUAAGAGUAGGGUCAGAAUUACUCCUAUCCCUUUUCAAGGAGUUGUGGAUAGAGGUUUGUAAAGGCCAUUCAUUUGACUUUCAAAACAAAGCAACAGCUCUACUUCCACUUGGCCUUAGACCUCUGCUAUACCCUGCCAUAGCCUUGGUGCCACUGGGCACAAGCCACCUGCCAAAUAUAGGAGCAGCCUCUCCCAGCCUGGCAUGGGGGAGUGGUCUGUGCACUCAGAUGUGUCGACAGCUGCUCUUGUGAAUCACCACGCCUGUGCUACCCUGGGAAUUCUGCACUCUGAGUCCAUGGGGCAGGAUCACACGCCAUCUCACACAGAGGUCAACGGAUGAGCCCACUGACUCGUAUGUUCCUUCCUCCACGGUGGGAAGCAUGGUCUGGCAGAGGCUGCCCUGUAAGCUGGGGGUGGGCAGGUGCAUGAACGUUGGCAUUUGUUUUAUGGAGAAAGGGGAGGUGAAAGAUUGGAGAGCAGGUCCCCAUCAAUGUUCUGAGUUUGAGCUGGAGGUAUAGAUUAAAGAGUCUACAGGGUCUGUGAGUGUGUGAGAUGAGCCCUUCUGUCCUUUGAUGCUGGUUGUAUGUGUAGGCUGAGAAGGACCCCACUAUCAGUGUGCAAAGCUGUAUUCUCAUGGACUAGAGGAGAGGGGGCUAAGGCGAUGGGCAGGAGAAGUUGUACAGAAUCUUAGCAGGAAUGCAGAUAGAAUGCAUCUAGGCUCUUUCCUCAAGAGAGUGAUGAUGGAGCAUAUAGAUCUGGCUCAAAAUCAGCCUCCAUCACUUACUGGGGAACACUGGUGAUGUCACUUUAACUUUCUGAACCUCACAGUCUUCACCUAUAAGAUGGGGAAAAUAAUACCAUCCUUUCAAGAAUGUUGAGAUGAAUAAGUGAUGUAACACUCAGUUCUGGACACAGUGUAGUUACUCAGUAAAUGAUAAUAUUA